GCCAGCCGCUCUCUCGGGCCCUCAACCGUCCUCAGUCUCACGACAACAGCCGCAACUUUUUCUUCUUCCCGCGUUUGUUUACGCCGCGCCUUGUUUUCCCCGCGAGUUUUCCACGCUUUUCCGCGCUUUCCGUUGAAUUUCUCGUUUCGUCAUCCGAUGCCUCCGUAAGCGGUCUGUUCCUUCGCACAAAAGUGACAUAAAACUCUCCGGUUUCGUAGUCUACACGGCUUUUUUUCUCGUGAAUCUCAAAUUGGUGCGGUACUUUUAAGGGUUUUUUUGUGAAUUUUCGACGAAUUUCCCUACAAUUUCCAGCUCCCUUGAAGUUUUUCCGUAUUGUGCGUUCGUGUCUCAACACGAGGGUCAAUUUGCAGUCGAGCCGAAGCAUAAAAUCCUCUUUUUUCUCUCGAAUCUCAAAUUAGUGCGUUGAAUAUGAGGUUUUUCUCGUUUUUGUGACGGAUUUCCCUGCCAAUUCCUGUUACUGCCGUUUUGCACGAUCGUGACUCAACAUGAGGGUCAAUUUUCCGUCGAAGCAAAAGCGUAAAACUCUCUGAUUUUAUGUUGCCUUUUUCAUUUUUUUUCGCGAACUGAAGUGCGUUUUUUGGGCUGAACAUCGCGAGAAUCCGUUAAAUCUGUAACACAAAACUUCUGAGCUUUUUUUCCGUUAUACCCGGCGUUUGAUAUCGUUGAAAAAUAGUCUGAAACGGUGUUUUCUCAAAGUUCUCUUGCGUUUUUCAACGCGAAAAAUUUGUGCUUAAAAGUUCGCAGUAACGCGUUCAACACAACAAGCUUCCUUCUUGAAUAUGUGACUGGUCAGUCACCAAUUUUACGGUGUAAUUCCAGUGUGAUUGUCCCAAAACCAUGUCGGCGGUAUCACGUGGUGUCGGAGGGUAUACCGAGACCUUUUUCUGCAACCGCGGUCGGGAUUCUUGUCGGUGACUUUCAAAGGUGUGUGUGCUUUUUACCUAAAAAAAGAAUUAUUAUGGAUUAAGUUGCGUGCCGAAACGAACCCAGAUUUGAUUAAAAAGUGCAAUUUUACGUAAAAAAAAAUGAUCGGAAACACGUCCCUCUAGGCCACGAUUUUCUCUAAACGUUGCAAUAUUUAGCCCGUAGCGUCAACCGCUGAUCAAAAGUGCAAUUCUUCGAGUAGUUUUAUUGUGUCGUAGUCAAUUUUUAACACAUUUUUUUCACGAGUGAUUUUGCAAGAUUGAUGUUUAUAUUUGUGAUACCUCCCGGAUGAAGUGUUGAACCGUGUUAUUUCCAAACCAUGAUGAAAAGUCAAGAGCUCCUUUUGGAUUCCCGCGUGAAACCCCACAUCGUGCCCCCCUCGGCCCCUCAUCUGGACCACGUGACCACGGACCAGGAUGAAGACGACGAUGAAGAGGGUGGUGAGGAGGAGGGUGACGAUGAUGAUUAUCUAGGGUCCGGCGACGGGAUCAAGCGGGGACACUCGCCUGGAUCCCGGAUCGAGACAAUCGACACCUGCGGGAACAACGGGUUCUGGAUGGCGGCAGUCUCGGCGGCCGCCGGGGGGACGAUGCCCCCCGGGACCCCCCUGGAUUCGGGGCUGCCCUCCGAGUCGGGGUUCAUCAGCUCGCAACCCUCCAUGGCCGAGUUUAUCCUGCCGCACCAUAUGCAGGAUAUGCCGCCGUCCCCCUCGGGGUCCUCCGUCGGGGGCAUGUACCCCACGAACAUGCUCGACCAGCAGCAGGCCGGCGUCAACGUUCAGGAGUACCCCUGGAUGAAGGAGAAGAAAACCACUAGGAAAAGUAGCCAGCAAGGUAGGGAAAAGAAUGGACUACCAAGGAGAUUACGGACUGCUUAUACGAAUACUCAAUUACUAGAACUAGAAAAGGAAUUUCACUUUAACAAAUACCUAUGUCGACCUAGGAGGAUAGAAAUAGCUGCAUCUUUAGAUUUGACUGAAAGACAGGUGAAGGUGUGGUUCCAAAAUAGGCGGAUGAAGCACAAACGUCAAACGUUGAGCAAGCAAGGCGAGGACGGCGACGAGAAGGAAUCCGUCGGCUCCGGAGGCGGUGGCAAGUCGAAGAGCAGCGACACUUCCGACGACAAGAAGAGCUGCCAGAACUGCGACCUCCCCGCCGGGCUCCUGGGCAGCGACCACGGCCGGAGCAGAAGCAACUUCAACACCAACAGCAACGACAACAGCGCCUCCAGCGUCUCCAGCAACAACAGCAGCUACGACAAGGAAGAAGACUCCCGCUCCAACGAGGGCAGCGGGAUGGUGACGUCACCCGGCAGAGCGCUGCCCAUCAAACGGGAACCGGUCAAGAUAGAGAACCCGUCCAGGAUCAAGAUGGAGUCGACAGGAAGCAUGUGCGAUUCGCCGAUCAACAGCGGCACCAACACCCCAUCGAUGAUCAACCGGAAAACACCGAUCAUCACCAAAGACGUGGCUGUGAACCGGAAUCUACCGGAUAUCCCCGUGAAACCGGUGACGCCGUCGACCAUCAACCAGUCCCAACCUAGCCCGAACAGUGUCUACUCGAUGGCGAACCAAACCCGACUACGCAGCCCGAGCAAUCCGGCAGUUACGUUCAACUCCAGCCCCGUCCAAAGCGGGAUAAUGUCCCCAUCCAUGAUCCAGAUCGUCAGGUGUCCGGGUCCUGGCGCGACCGGUUCCCCGACCUACCAACCGGUUGCGAGCCAGCAGACGGCGAUGCGAGCGCCGGUCCCGAACCCUGGCGGACACCACGAGAACUACCGGAUGCCUGCCACCCAGUUCCGCCAGUGCUACCGCGGGGAGAUGUACAACCAGAGGAUGCACCAACCGAGCACGGAUACGUAUCGGCCUCCGAUGGGGAACCGGUUCAACGGUGGUGUACAAACCCCUAUUACCCCACGGUCCCAGGUGACGCAGAGGCAGUAUGGCGGGAACACCGUCCAGCAGACCCAAUACCCUACGCAAUACUAUAAUGGGUAUCCGAACCAAGACUACCCGAAUACUAAUAACUAUAGGAACUAUCAAACUCACUUUUCGACGGAUAUGGAAUACCUGCCCGGUAGCACGAAUUACGGCUCCUACGUGGGGCAUAAUAUGUAUUCCUCUUCGAAUACCCCGGACGCCCCCAGCGAGUUCUACUCUUCGGAUCUGUGCCAUCCGAACUACCACCACCACACCCAACACUCGCAGACGAUAAACAACGAGUACUCGGGGACCUGCAAGUCGGAUUACUACCAGCACGGCCAGCAACCGGUUUCCGAGGAGGUGCCGAACCAGUAUACGGUGGCGUCCCCGGAGUUCCCGGCCGCGAACCCCGGACUCCCGUCCUCGAAUUCCGUUCCCUCGACGAUCAUGACGCCGCCGAACAGCGUGCGGACGGACUCCUCCGGGGACCAGUUCACUACAUUCCAGCACUUUUAUAACGAACCCUCGCAGCAGGUGCACCCAAAUUCCACGUCGGCCGAUAAUAGCAACAGCUCCUCGGAUUUCAACUUCUUAAGCAAUAUAGCCAAUGAUUACGGUCAGGAGUAUUUCCAACUUAGCUGAGAAAUGUUAUUUUUGUAGAGAGAUUUAUUGAGUUUCCACGGAUGAAAAGAUAGAUUCCCUCAUUAUUCCUUGGGUUACUUGCUCAAAAGGGUAGGAAUUUUUGCAUGUUUCUACGUUGCAGUGCUAAGAGACAGAGUAGAUCUGCCGUGCCAAGGAGAAGACCCCAGCGGGGUGAUUAUUGAAAUUUAUAGACAAAGCGAUAGACAAAGAAGACAUAUCGAGUAUGCAGCAAUCCCGUUGGUUGAAAUGGGAUGAUUCUUAUAGACUAAGGGAGAAAAUGAUGGACUAACUAAAGGGUUCCUCAAGGGUUGCCGUUAU